UGCUGUGAUUGUUGCUCACAUACUCCACUCUACAAAGUGAUCCAACAGCAAAUAUAUUUUUGUUCAGCAAAAAUUCCAUAUUCUACAAACACAAAAAGGGAACAGAAGGAACUGAUAUCCAGAGGGUGGUCAAACAUAACCAAAAAUGGAAGCCACCCCGGUUGAAAUUUUCAAAGACGAUAAGUGCCACUUGGCGCUCGGCGAAGACUGUUAUAUGAAUUCUACUUCGCAGUCUGGAUUUGCAGCAGGUCACAAUCUGACUUUGGACUCUGACGGGGAAGAGGAGUCAAUGUCCCCAAUAAUCCCCAUUAUCACAGCUGUGUACUCCGUGGUGUUUGUGGUGGGCUUGGUGGGCAACUGCCUCGUCAUGUAUGUUAUCAUCAGGUAUACAAAGAUGAAGACGGCCACCAACAUUUACAUAUUCAACCUGGCUCUGGCCGACGCCCUAGUCACCACGACAAUGCCUUUCCAGAGCACUGACUACCUGUUGAACUCGUGGCCGUUUGGCGAGGUGGUGUGUAAGGUGUUCAUAUCCAUCGACUACUACAACAUGUUCACCAGCAUCUUCACCCUGACCAUGAUGAGUGUUGACCGCUAUGUGGCCGUGUGCCACCCGGUCAAAGCCCUGGAUUUCCGAACACCCAUCAAUGCCAAGAUGAUCAACGUGUGUAUCUGGAUGCUGUCGUCGGCAGCCGGGAUACCAGCACUGCUACUGGGGGGCACCCAGACCAACAAUGGCACCACGGAGUGUGCCUUACAAUUCCCGGAGCCAUACGUGUAUUGGGACACCCUGAUGAAGAUCUGUGUGUUUGUGUUUGCCUUCGUGGUGCCUGUGCUCAUCAUCACUGUGUGCUACUCCCUGAUGGUGCUACGACUCAAGAGCGUGCGUCUCCUCUCGGGCUCCCGGGAGAAGGACCGCAACCUGCGACGCAUCACCCGCCUGGUCAUGGUGGUGGUGGUGGUAUUCGUAGUGUGCUGGACGCCCAUCCACAUCUUCAUCCUGGUCAAGGCGCUCGUGAGCGUUCCAGAGACCACCGCCGUCAUGGCCGCCUACUUCUUCUGCGUAGCGCUGGGCUACACCAACAGCAGCCUCAACCCCGUCCUCUACGCAUUCCUGGAUGAGAACUUCAAGAGAUGCUUCAGGGACUUCUGCGUCCCGACAAAGCUGAAGAAGGUGGACAAGGGGUCGGGUAAAAAAGGCACCGUAAGGUCCCCGGAGGCCCCAGUUCCACUGGAGAACCCACACGGGACUAAAAAGCCGGCAUGACUAGCCAUGGAAGUGUCUUUCAUUUCUCAAGUUGGAAAGGAAGACUCUAAUGAUCUGGGCCUAACCCAGGCGAUAUCAGGAAUGUGAGCACAGCAGUGCUACUGUUCCUUUGUAAAUAGCCUUCCACAAGCUUCCCACAAUAUGUUGGGUGAAUUCUGGCCCAUUCCUCCUGACAGAGCUGGUGUAACUGAGUCAGGUUUGUAGGCCUCCUUGCUCGCACACACUUUUUCAGUUCUGCCCACAUAUUUUCUAUGGGAUUGAGGUCAGGCCUUGUGAUGGCCACUCCAGUACCUUAACUUUGUUGUCCUUAAGCCAUUUUGCCACAACUUUGGAAGUAUGCUUGGGGUCAUUGUCCAUUUGGAAGACCCAUUUGCGACCAAGCUUUAACUUCCUGACUGAUGUCUUGAGAUGUUGCUUCAAUAUAUCCACAUAAUUUUCCUUCCCCAUGAUGCCAUCAAUUUUCUGAAGUGCACCAGUCCCUCGUCCAGCAAAGCACCCCCACAACACGAUGCUACCACCCCCGUGCUUCACGGUUGGGAUGGUGUUCUUCAGCUUGCAAGCCUCCCCCUUUUUCCUCCAAACAUAACAAUGUUCAUUUUGGGCAAACAGUUAUAUUAUUGUUUCAUCAGACCAGAGGACAUUUCUCCAAAAAGUAUGAUCUUUGUCCCCAUGUGCAGGGCGUUUGGAAAUUGCUCCCAAGGAUGAACCAGACUUGUGGAGGUCUACAAUUUUUUUUCUGAGGUCUUGGCUGAUUUCUUUUGAUUUUCCCAUUAUAUCAAACAAAGAGACACUUGAGUUUGAAGGUAGGCCUUGAAAUACAUCCACAGGUACACUUCCAAUUGACUGAAAUUGUGUCAAUUAGCCUAUCAGAAGCUUCUAAAGCCAUGACAUCCUUUUCUGUAAUUUUCCAAGCUGUUUAAAGUCAGAGUCAACAUAAUGUAUGUAAACUUCUGACUCACUGGAAUUGUGAUACAGCGAAUUCUAAGUUAAAUAAUGUGUCUGUAAACAACUGUUGAAAAAAUUACUUGUGUCAUGCACAAAGUAGAUGUCCUAACCGACUUGCCAAAACUUUAGGUUGUUCACAAGAGAUUUGUGGAGUGAUUGAAAAACGAGUUUUAAUAACUUCAACCUAAGUGUAUGUAAACUUCCGACUUCAACUGUAGUAACCAAAAAAGUGUAAAACAAAUCUAAAUAUAUUUUAGAUUCUUCAAAGUAACAACCCUUUGCCUUGAUGACAGCUUUGCACACUGUUGGCAUUCUCUCAAUCAGCUUCAAGAGGAAUGCUUUUCCAACGGUUGAAGGAGUUCCCACAUAUGCUGAGCAUUUGUUGGCUGCUUUUCCUUCAAUCUGCGGUCCAACUCAUCCCAAACCAUCUCAAUUGGGUUGAGGUCGGGUGAUUGUGGAGGCCAGGUUAUCUGAUGCAGCACUUCAAUCCCUCUCCUUUGUUAAAUAGACCUUACACAGCCUGGAGGUGAGUUGGGUCAUUGUCUUGUUGAAACACAAAUGAUAGUGGGACUAAGCGCAAUCCAGAUAGGAUGGGGUAUCGCUGAAGAAUUCUGUGGUAGCCAAGCUGGUUUAUUGUGCCUUGAAUUCUAAAUAAAUCACAGACAGUGUCACUAGCAAAGCACACCCACACCAUCACACCUCCUCCUCCAUGCUUUACGGUGGGAACCACACAUGCGGAGAUCAUCCGUUCACCUACUCACAAAGACACAGCGGUUGGAACCAAAAAUCUCUCAUUUGGACUCGUCCUUUAGUAGUGGUUUCUUUUCAGCAAUUCGAUCUUGAAGGCCUGAUUCACGCAGUCUCCUCUGAACAGCAGAUGUUGAGAUGUGUCUGUUACUUGAACUCUGUGAAGCGUUUAUUUGGGCUGCAAUUUCUGAAGCUGGUAACUCUAAUGAUCCUCUGUGGCAGAACUCUGGGUCUUCCAUUGCUGCGGCCGUCCUCAUGAGAGCCAGUUUCCUCAUAGCACUUGAUGGUUUUUGCGACUGCACAUGAAGAAACCUUUACAGUUCUUGAAAUUCUGUUUACCAACCCUACCUUCUCACAACAUAACUAAUUAAUUCAAACGCAUUAAGAACGAAAGAAAUUCCACAAAUUAACUUUAAACAAGGCACACCUGUUUAUUGAAAUACAUUCCAGGUGACUAAUCAAAUCAAAUCAAAUUUAUAUAGCCCUUCGUACAUCAGCUGAUAUCUCAAAGUGCUGUACAGAAACCCAGCCUAAAACCCCAAACAGCAAGCAAUGCAGGUGUAGAAGCACGGUGGUUAGGAAAAACUCCCUAGAAAGGCCAAAACCUAGGAAGAAACCUAGAGAGGAAUCAGGCUCUGAGGGGUGGCCAGUCCUCUUCUGGCUGUGCCGGGUGGAGAAUAUAACAGAACAUGGCCAAGAUGUUCAAAUGUUCAUAAAUGACCAGCAUGGUCCAAUAAUAAUAAGGCAGAACAGUUGAAACUGGAGCAGCAGCACGGCCAGGUGGACUGGGGACAUCAAGGAGUCAUCAUGUCAGGUAGUCCUGAGGCAUGGUCCUAGGGCUCAGGUCCUCCGAGAGAGAGAAAGAAAGAGAGAAAGAGAGAAUUAGAGAGAGCACACUUAAAUUCACACAGGACAAGUACUCCAGAUAUAACAAACUGACCCUAGCCCCCCGACACAUAAACUACUGCAACAUAAAUACUGGAGGCUGAGACAGGAGGGGUCAGGAGACACUGUGGCCCCAUCCGAGGACACCCCCGGACAGGACUAACCUCGUGAAGCUGGUUGAGAGAGUGUCAUGAGUGUGCAAAGCUGUCAUCAAGGCAAAGGGUGGCUACUUUGAAGAAUCUCAAAUGUAAAAUAUGUUUUAAUUUGUUUCACACUUCUUUGGUUACUACAUGAUUCCAUAUGUGUUAUUCAUAGUUGUAAUGUCUUCUAUUAUUCUACAAUGUAGAAAAUAGUCCAAACAAAGAAAAACCCUUGAAUGAGUAGGUGUGUCCAAACUUUUGACUGGUACUUUUGAUUGGUAUGCAAGAAAGCAGGAGAAGGGGGUGCUGAGGGAUUAUUUAAGAUACUCUUUGAAGGUAGGGUUUCAAAUGUUUUCGGGAGAUGGUCAGUCUGCCAAGACUCAGGCUAGGCACUUGAACCAGGCCAAAUCAUUAGGGAAGCAGUCCUAUGCUGCAGUCGCAGCGAGGAUCCACCUCUCUAACCCUCCUACGGGAGGUAAGAAGGGUCGGCCAACCUAGGGCUCCCUGCCCUACCCUCUAUCUUCAGGUUUAACAUUUGCCACCUCUUCCCCCCUUUGAAGUUUUCACAGCAGUGGGAAGGCAUGCCUCCGUUAAGACAAACCCCUAUUCUCUGUGCAGGCGUCAGAGCUAUCUGGCACUCCCACAAAGCUUUCACACAGCUUUAGCUUUUUCCUUGUCCCAUUUUGUACAGCAAUUGGUUCACGCAGCCGGGCCACUAUCUGCUUUGCCUCCCAAUCUUAUGGGAGCAAGUGGCUGAGGAUAUAUCUUCGCUCUUGACAACACUCCUCCAUGAAGCAGGGCCAAGACAUAUUUAUUACGUAGCUGUCCUACUGCCCAUGAUUAGGACGCUGCGCUGCAGCUGUUUCCUUCCUCCUCCUGCUAUAUUGCAUGACGUCUUAUGUCAUAGUGCUGGCUGCUCUCUCCCGAGAGAGCUCACUUCCCAUAUCUAUCCAGACUGACUUGUUGCAGCCUGGUAGAAGCAACGACCAUGUGAGGGGCCCUGGGAGACCCCAUCCCCCAAAAACGGUGACACACCAUUUGGGGUGGAAGAGCUCAGCUGACACACCCAGGAAUAAUUGGGUGAUGCCGUAUGCUUUCCCUCCUAUGUUGCCUACCCUUCCCUCUUCCGUCUACACGGAGAAAGGGAAUUAGGGCCUUCCCCUCAUCUUCAAGCCCCUCGGUGACUUUCCGGUCAGCAGUUACACCCUGCUUAUGACCAGUCCUGACAGCUAUCAUCAUGCAGGGUUUAUACCCUAGUGAACAAAGCAAUUCUCGAUCUUUGGAAAGGAGUGCCAGCACCUUAUGCAUGCUCUCUGUUUUACAGUUCUGCCUUCUUCUUGGAGAAGUGGUAUGACUAAGGAGAUUGUUUCCUUCCUAUACUCUGUUUUCCAUUGUCCUAGGCUCCUCUACUCCUGCACAGUUCUGAAUGGAUUGCAAGUUGCAAUAUCCCUCCUCUACCCCUGCCAUCCAAUUAAAUCAGGGGUGCCAAACUCAUUCCACGGAGGGCCAAGUGUCUAUGGAUGUUUUUUUUGUUUACUUGACAACCAGGUGAGGGGAGUUCCUUACUAAUCAGUGACCUUAAUUCAUCAUUUAAAUACAAGGAGGAGCUAAAACCCGCAGACAUUCGGCCCUCCAUGGAAUGAGUUUGACACGUUAAUUAAAUAGUUAUCUUGAGACGUGUUUAUGACAAAACAUCAAUAAUGAUUGGAGAAGAGCUUUAAAGGGGCAUUCUGGGAUUGGUACAUCCAUUUCUUUGGCUAUUCGAUUUUGUCAUGUCUGUCUCCACCAACCAAAAUGUGCAUGUGCAGAGAUCUAUUACCUCCUGUGGGAUUCCAACACCCUUUUGGGAUGAGCACACAAAAACCUUCAGAUUUGGGGCUCGGGAAAGGCUGUAUUCCAGCGGUCACCAGCCUUUUCUGAGUCAAGAUCACUUUAGAGUCCAAAAUCAAGCCGAGAUCUACUAAUAAGAUCUAAUAAUAACAACACAAGCUUAUCAAAACACUUUGCUAUACUCAUUCAUUGCAGCUGCAGUGCUAGUUGUAGUGUGAGUGGAAUUAGGGAGAACGUGCAUUUUAUGGCUUAUUAAAAAAAGUAUGGAACAUUGCUGUGUUGACAGUGCUGAAUAGCAACUUAAAGAUUAACUUUCGUCUAAAAACAGCGGCUCUUUGCUGUAUUCAUUGAGUCUCUCUCUAGUCUUGGUUUUAAAAGCUUUUAAAUCUCACAGUAUCAACUUUGCUGUGCACACAAGGCUUAAUUUUUACAGCCUAUGGCUUGAGGAAACUAUGCAGACAUGGUGAUCUGAGCUAACUGAUUGGCCAGUGGUAGACCUAUAGGUGCACUUGAUUUGCUCUCUGGGCCUGCUGGGUAUGUGGAGUUCUACUUCAGAUGCAUGAAAUGUUUCAAAAUGGGAACACAUUGCCUUCCUGGCGCUAGGGCUGCUGAAUCAAGUGCACCUACCGCCAAUAGCGUUAAACAGGAAAAUGUUUAAUUUUUUACCCAAAUGUUUAGCGAUCGACUACGAAUGCCUUGGAGAUCAACCAGUUGAUUGCGAUUGACCGGUUGGUGACCACUGGUGUAUUCUAUGGAGUUGAGCCACAGGCCUCUGCAUGAUGCUGGGUUGGUUGAGGCAAAAGAUUUGCUAAAUAUGCGCGUCAGUCAGAAAAUCAUUUAUAAUUGUUUAAAGGUGAAAUCCUCAGGGACAUAGAAUGGGUUAAACAUUUUUACCUUGUAAUAUAGAUACUGGUGAGAAUUCACUCUAAAAUAUGUUAAGUGCUACAAGUUUUAUUUGCUAUUGUCUCUAAAUGUAUGUAGUGGUACUCAAUUUAUUUACAUCUUAUUGACUGUUUAUUUUUUUCCCUUUAAUAAUAUAUCGAUCUAUAUUGUAUCUAA